CACUUUGUUGUUUUGAUAGAUGUGCCAUUUGUACGGACAGACCAUGCUAGGACAAGUGUCCUGUCAAGAUAGAGAAACUGGUUCUGACAACUCACAAAAAUAACAGAAGUCAUAUGAAGGAAAACGUAGUUCAUUAAAAUGAUUGUGCUAAUGUUGUUUAUCUUCUCCUUGGCGACUGCUUUACCAAAAGGUAGCAAAACCGAGCAAAAUUUAAAAAGCUUACUUCAAACUGUGCAUAACCUUGAUGAAGAGAAGCCAGAGACCAAAGUGCAACCGGAAGCUACAGGUCCGAACAAAAGUGAGCCCAAAUUCUCGUCGCCCGCUGAAAAACUGAAAUGGAGGCUGAAUAAUGCUAGAAAGAAACUGAGCCUCGCUAAGGAGUACCUGAAACUAGCAGAGAAAUUCUCUAAGAAGGAGAAAGACACGCAGAGUUCAGCCCAACAGGAGUCUGUGAGAAGUAUCAUUAGCAGAGCAGAGAAACAAGUGCUGCACUCAGGAGAGAAGAUGGGACUAUCCUACAUACACUAUAAAAGAAGCACACACCCAAUAUAGUAAAGAAAAGUAUAUUGAUUAUAUGUAUGUCUGUCUGUUUAUCAGCCUGCCUCACUCUUGCCUUUCUCUCCCCGCCUGCCGUCCUGCUUGCCCAACGCCUGCGUGCCUCUGGCUGUUAUAGUCUGUCUGUCUAAAUAACUGUCUGUCUGUCUAAUUUGUUACGGUAUUUUAUAGAGGUAAUAAAAAUCCAAGUUUUCAUGG